UGUGCUGGCGCGAAAAUGACAAACAGGAAGUAAACGGAGAAGAGUCUGCGGGUCUACAGCUGGACCUACUUGGAUGAAGAAGAGUCUCCGCCGGGGUUUUCGUCCCGGGUUUGUCUCUUGAACACAAACAUGGAGACGCAGUCGUAUUUCCCGGUCCCUCCUGGAGUUGCAGUGGAGGAGAAUUUUCUGUCGCUCGACGACAUUUUACUGACUCAUGAGAGACUUCCAGUCCGGACAGAGUGUGCCUUCCCCCGGCUGGGCUUCCUGGACAAGUCCACGGACACGCAGGACAUUUCAGAGGGAACAAAGAUGGAGCUUCCUCUGUGGCUGAGCAAAGCUCUGUACGAGAGGAAGAGGAGGGUUUUGUCUGUGGAGCUGCCGAAGGUCUACAGAGAAGGCUGGAGGACGGUGUUCAACGCCGACCCCAACGUGGUGGACCUUCACAAGAUGGGGCCGUACUACUACAGCCUGGGAUCUCAGCUGCUUCAUUUCGACAGCCCAGAAAACCCAGACAUCGCUCAGACGCUGCUGCAGACGUUCAUCGGCCGGUUCCGGCGGACCAUGGACUCGUCUCAGAACGCCUACAACGAGGACACGUCGGCUCUGGUGCAGCGUCUGGACUCCCUGGAGAAAGUUCUGUUCAGGUCUGGACAAAGUGGACUGAACGAUUUCCAGAGCUGGGAGAAGGGUCGGGCCGCUCAGCUGACCGCCUCCACGCUGGUCCUCAACUACCGCAAGAGGAAGCUCGCCGAGGUUCAGCCGUGAAUGUUUUCUUCUCACCUGGACACACGGCAGGUGACAGGUGUGUCCCACUCAGUCCCUGAAGAUUCAUGCAUUCACACAUGAUUCACCCACACCUGGAUGUGAAACACUGUUGAAAUACAAAUAAAAUCAUCCAUUCAUGCAUUUUC